GUUUGCAAGAAGAAGAAGAAGAAGAUUGAAGAAAAAAAACACAGGAAAGCGAAUAAUCUGUAGCCGCCAAUGGAGGAAUGAGGAGAGCAUUUCCAGUGACGGGAAAGCGCGUCUGGAUCGGAGGCUGGAGGGGAGAGAAGGCGAUGCGUUUGGUUUUGGCUGGAGCUCGGCGGAGGCUCCUCGGCGGCGUGUGAGGAGGAGAGAGAGAGGGGAACAAGAGAGGGGAGGGGGCGGGGGUGUGUGGACCUCGCUGGUUACGGGACCCACAGGCUCCCCGAUUGUGCUCCGCUCUCAUCAUUUCUGGAGGUGUAAGGACAAAAGGAAAAAGGAGGAGGAGAAGAAGAAGACGGAGGAGGAAAGGCCCGGGUUGUGGGUGUCGUGACGGGGCCCCCGACUUCGCCGCCGCCGCUUGGUUCGGGGCAGUCUGGGCUCGGAAGGCUGAGGGUUUUGGGGGUGGGGGGGAAGCGGCGGAGCGGUCCACUCGAGGCUGGGGUUUCCUGCCACAGCAGCGGGAUUGUCACAAAACAGCCUUUCACUCUUCGAGGGGCCUUGUGUUGCUGCGGUUCCAGGCCAACAUCUGAUGGAAACGUGAAUGCCGUAUUGGGUGCGGAUUUACAGAUAACCCAAUCUGGAAUUGAUGGAAUCUGAAGUGGAAUAAAUGGAUUACCCUGUUUUGGAAAACUGUUGCCGUGGAACUAUUUGAAGUUAAAUGACGGUUGACAAAGAACAGCAAAUUGAAUGCUGAAGGCGGCCGGGAGAGCACGGAGAGAAGUCUGAACACAGGGGGGAAAAGAAACAAGACAAAAAAAAAGAGAGCACCGCAGAAGGGACCAAAUGCAUCGAUCGGCCAAAUGAGUGCAAAAAUAAUUUCAUCUGGCACCCACCAGCUGACCAGACUAUCCAUGGAGACUUUGCUUUUUGGAAUAAUUAAUGAGGAUCACUGUUUAGACUUCUUGAUUCUCCCCGGGUGGGUUUUGUGUCACACAGGUGUGAGUCAAAUCCACAGAAAGUCACACACAAGAAGGAGCUAAAGGAUCACUGCAACAGAGCAACUUCCGUGUGUCUUUUGAGACUUUUGUUUUGGAAGUUUUGAAUUUUUACUUGUGGAUUGGAACGUCUGUGGAGUUUAUCCGUAUGAAGAAAAUCCCUGCUGGCCAUGUGGAAGUGCAUGAUAUUUCUUUUGCUGUGCCAAACAAAUUUCACUUUUUGGAAAUAAACUAAUGCAUCUAUGCAUAUCCCCUGAAAACCUUGGAGACUAACAAACAAUCAACAGUCACGCUGAGUAUGAACUGUUUUUUGGGGUUUUGGAGCUUCACUGGCCACUGAUAAAACUACCAAGAGUUCCGCAAAUAACCCCAGAGGAGGAGGUUUCGACAUCUGUGAUAUAAAUGUAUAGGUUUUACCUUCACUUGUUUUCCGGCCAGGCUGUUGACUCUCUUCAUGGUUACUGCCAUAAGCCUGCCAGUUGUUCAGUCUGAAGCAUUCCCUUCUAUUUACAGUCACAGAUUUUUUCCUUUUUUAAAUCUGAAUUCGGGGGGAAAAAAAUGCAGAAUUUCUCCAACAGCCCGGCUCCACCCUCAAUCCCGCCAGGAUUCAGCGGGAGGAGCGUGGGCGGACCGCCGUAUCCCCCUCAGCCAGUGGAGCCCCAGAUCUCUCCGAGGAUGAUGGAAGAUUAUGUCGGGAUGCAGCAGCAGAGCAUUCACAGAGGCCACCACCACCCGAGCCAAGCAAGCCACAUGCUUGCGUACGGCGUGAGGAACAGAGAAGCUUUGGAGCCUCCGCCAACACAGGGUAAUGUCCAUGCCGGUAACAAUAACAACCCCUACAGGAAGGAGGCUAUGGAGUUUUAUUUUUCAAUGAGUGGAAAAGACAGACAUAGGAGAGGAGGGAUGGGCUAUGGGGGAAGUUUUGGGUACCCCGGUAUCGAUGGACAUAUACCUCACCAGUAUCGACAUCCUGGAUCCAGUUCUGCUACAUCAUCAGGCCUGAUGUCGCCAUACCCAGUUGAUUAUGGCUCUAGCGCUGGUUCAAGGGGUGCUGCUGGGCCCUUCUCUCCUUCCCAUCAGUACAAUAUGAAUCAAAACCCUAUGAUGCAGUCAGUUCCAGGCUCUCAAAUGCAACAGCGCCAACAUGGGCAGAGCUUUCCUCCUGUCCACCAGACACAGCAGCAAAGAAGCUACCCACACUCCGGGCACAGGAUGACCCCACAGUACCAUUACUCUCCACAGGGGGGAGCAUCCACAGGGUCAUCUGGAAUGUACAGCCCACCUCCGCAGAGAUAUCUGGAUGGAGCUGCGAACAGCAGCUUUGAUCCUAAAGUCAACAGUUCCCCAAAUGUCAACACUAGCUCCAAUUCAGUGUCUAGUACAGGCACUGCUAAUAACGUGGGCCCUGUGGAGAAUGUUCAGCAGAGCUAUCCAGCUUCAAAUUAUUCCGGAUAUCUCCCACCGUCUCAUUCACUCCAUAAGCAAGCCACACUACAGCACAGAAACUCGCAGCACAGUUUGGGGGUUGGUUAUGACGGUUCUCUGAAAAUGCCUCACCAGGGUCCGUCUGCAGGCGCCAUUUUUGCAAAACAUCAUCAAGCCUCCAACCCAAGUAUAGCUCAGCCAUCCUCCCAAGAAAUAGCCAAAUCCCCUAUGCAUUCUAAUGCGCAGCAAACUCAAAUGAACCAAAACUUUAGCCCGAUAUCAAACCCCUCCCCUGCUGCCUCUGCAGUUCAUUCCCCCAGCUGUAGCUCUUCUCCUUCCCCUCUAAUGGGGGUCUCCGAGGCACUUGGGAAUGCCUCAAAUCACGGCCCUCCCAUGUUGAGCGCCCGUAGUGGCCAUGGCCACAGCAGGCUACUGCAGACCGCACCUCAGUUGAGUCCCACGCCCAACUCGAAUAGCAGCAUCAGUAGUUGUGGCAGCAGUGGCAGCCACAAAGCUCAUAGCUUGAGUGCGGUUGGGGGGAGCAGCCUACCUCCAGUGGGUCGAAAUAAAAUGAGCCAGGGAUCCCGAGAGGAAGGCUCCUCUGUUUAUUCCACUUCCUCUCUUGACAGAAUGCAGGAUGCCGGCCUUAACAGUCUCAAUGCCUUGAGCUCCCAAGUAGCCAAUUUACCGAAUACAGUUCAGCACAUGCUCCUCACUGACACGGUGUUCUCGCACAAGAAGAGAGACGGCGGCCAAGCGCCACACGCGGCGCACUGUGUGGCCCCAUCGCAACCCAGGAGCCGGAAUUUAAGUGCAGCCUCGAGUGGCAGCACAGUCAAAGACCUCAGAGCUGGUGACGGGGCAGAGGAAGACUCAACUCUGCUGCCCGUCGGAGCGCCGUCUGGGACCAAAGUGGAGCGAGAGGAGCAGCUGGCUGAAGGGGAGCAGGGGAGAGCAAGGCAGGUGAGUGGUGCGAGCACUGGGUCUGAAGUUACGAGCUAUAAUCCAACCCAUACGCAACCUGGACAGGCAUGUAAUGUUAAAAUACUCGUCCCCGAAUCACAGUCAAAAGAAGCAGCAGAAACUAAAACAAAAGAAACUAACAUUUCUUCAUCAGCAGCAUCUCCAUCCUCUGAAGGUAGUCUAACUUUACAUUCAGCACCACCAGUUUCCUCCUUUUCCUCCUCCAAUAUUCCUCCUGCCACAACACAGAAUUGUGUCCCAGAAACUGGUUUGGCAUAUAAUGACCAUAGAGGUGGGGAAAUUAAAAAGGAAAGUGAAGCAGCAGCUGAGAAAACACAGAAGGUCAGCAGCCAAAUGCAACAAGAUGGAGGAGUGAGUACAAAAAAUGGCCAGGAAAAGAAAAGCAUGUUGCAGUCAGAGUCCAAGUCGCACAGUAACAAGGAGGAAGAAAAACAGGCAUUAGAGGAACAGCAAAACGUCAGUAGCGUUGGUGUGAUUGUUUCAAGUCACACUGACAAAAGUAAGCAUCCCCAGGACAACUGUGUGGAAGAGAGAAUGUCAGUCUCUUAUUUAAAAGAAGCAAGCAGUCAUAAUGGGGAGGAAGGUGUAGAUCUUAGUCUGUAUUCGUCCCAUCAUCAAAAGUCAAACAGUGGGAGGUCUCCGAAUCCUCCCCAGACUGCUUCGCAUAAAUACAGCUACCCAGAAUCAACAUGUGGCUCAGAUUUGUCGAUGAAAAACAGAGUGAGGGCUGGCACAGGGUCUGUAAUGGAAACAAACCCCAGAUUUUUGGGGUACCAGCACUCCCAGGUCGGUUAUAGUCAUGUGCAUCCAAAAGAUGGGUCCAGUUCUGGGGUCGAGAUGCUAGUGAAGAGAGGUCACGGGGUGGGGUCUAAAGCUCAGGAUGAGAACUCACAGAUGCAGCAAUUCCCGAGUCUCCUACAAGAAGUUCUUCAGGGUUACAAUUUAGACAGACGCUAUGGUAGACCAGAGCAGACGUUCCCUGCACGUCAUCAAGCCCCACAACAGUUUCCAUCGAGACAUUCACUUGACAUCACUGAGGCUUUGUCUUACUCAGCACAAAUUGGAAAGACCGCAAAUCAGAAACAUGGAAGUGAUCCGGAUUUUGCCACAAAUACUCAAUCCUUAGUAAAGUCAGAGGUUUCCAAUGCUAAGAUUCUUCAAAAUGCUGAAAAACCUGACAUGGGUGUGUCCCAGAGCCAUUUAGCACAGACUGCAGAUUCCCAGCAGCCACCAGCUAAACACAUCAACUUAUCUGACUACUCUAUGCUGCAGAGAAAAACAUUAUCUAACGUACAAGAGCUCCUUUUGCAAGAGCCAGAACCGUUAACUCUCACUUCUCAAACCGAGCCCCAGAAAUCAGGAUCCACAUUAGCCCCGUCAGAACGACGAUCCGUCAUCUGCGACGUGUCGCCGAACCGACGAAGCACACCAGAGAGGGAAAGGGAGGAGGGGAAAGAAAAGGAACGGGACAAAAGUCAGAGUGCAGCCUCGGUGAUCCAACAACCAUUUUCUUCUCCGGCGGCACCAAGUGAUCUCAGUAAAAAGGAGGUUUUAGAAAAACAAGUGAAAAUGGAAAUGGUGCCCAAAGAGUCUGGAAAUUCACAAAAUGAGAAUAAUGGCAGUCAGUCUGAGGCAGAGUAUCAUUCUAAGCCUCCUCAUUUGACAAGUGGGGUGAGUCCUGACCCCUACAGGCGUGGCACCGUCGAUAUAACCCCCAUGCCCUCUCACCCUGUGAGCAUGACUGCUUUAACCUCACCAACAAGGCAUCACUCAUAUCUUCAUGGAGUCGAUCUUUCAUCUGGCAGCAGUGGUACAUUUCCCUUCCGAUAUGGAGACACAAGGGAAGACAAUGUGAUGCCACGGAGUAAUCUGCAUUUUCCCCCUCACCAUCCCUUUCACCAUUUACCUCCUCAGUCUCAAUCCACCAGUAAACUUCAAAUGUAUCCGCACGCACGUGGCCCCCCUCACCCUCCUCACGACAUGAGUGAAUGGGUAAAAGCCAUAAACCGGCCUCCAAAGGAGAUGAUGAUGAUGCAGCAUGGAUCUUCUCCUGGGAGACACAAGGCUAACCAGUCAGAGCAGAGACAGCGAUUGAUCCCACCACCUGACAUGCAAGUUGAACACACAAGCAAAACUCAGUCAGUGCAUCAUCAAAAUCCUUACUAUGAUGUGAAAAUAUGGGAGUCUACACAUUCUGGGAGAGAGGGCGCUCGAAUGAUGGAGGGAGACGCCUACUUUAGAGCCCAACCUCCUCCUCCUCUUUCUGGCCCUCCUCCUGUAGCUUCACACAGUCACGUUCCGACACAACUGACUCACAGCCACAAUGCUGCCAAAUCCGAAGUAUCCAGAGGAGCUACAGAGGAGGCCAAACACACCUGUCCACCUCCCCCAUCCAUCUCCUCUAAGCCUCCUUUAGACACAAACACCACUCAGCCACCGCGUCCGACAAAAACCGGAGGUUCCGGAGACACAAAUCCCCUGAUUUUGAGAAGAAGGGUUCGCUCUUUCAUAUCUCCCAUUCCUGCAAAAAGACUGCUCCAGGACGCACCUCAGCAGAGAGCCGCUACAAACUCUCAUCACUCCCCUGGAGCUCAGUCUGAGCCCAGCCAUCACAACGACGAUGACUCAUCCACCACAGAGGUGCCAUGUCCUCGGCUCUCCUCCCCACAGCCAGGUGAGAACAGCUUCCUACAACCGCUGUCUCCUUCAGGUGGUAACACCAAGGUUUUGGCUGCCAGAAAAGGACGAGGCUUGAAACUGGAGGCAAUUGUACAGAAAAUUACUCCAAAUAUUAAAAAGCCAGCAGGUCCUACCGAUGAUGAGUCAAAUCAUUACCCCGGUUUCUUGCACUCAGACAUCCCAGCUUUUAAUGAGUCACAGGAUCAGGACUUGGCACAUUUCCCUAGGGUUGCAAGAGGGGAGGAUAGUUACAUGGAUGAAAGUCACUCAUUAAACAACAUGAUUCCAUUUAGAGGAGUUGAUGAAACUGGGCCUUUACCCACAUCUUCCUUCCCAUGUGAAUCCCAUCAAUCAUCUCAAGUCAAGCAGCAAGACUUUGACUUCGGUUUAGGGGCCACCGUGGCGUCUGCAUCAGGUGAUAAGGAAGACUUUGCUUUGCUUGGCCCAUUACCUCCUCCCCCACCUCUUCCCCGCCCGGUCCAGGGUUCUCCGCCUCCGUCUUCAUCUGCCCUGUCGGACAUUCAGCAUUUUACAAACACAUACCAGCAGCUUGAGACUCGAAGGGGAGAGCAGUCUGCUGCGAACCUCCUUCGACAGAAACUCCAAGAAUCUGGCAUGGGAUUUGAGGAUUACCCUAGCAGUGACUACUAUGGGACCACCCCGCCGCACCAAGGCCACAUGCUGAACAGACAACAUCAGAUGUCCUCUGGAAGGUCCUGUCUGUCGCCGACAGACUCAAAGCUGUUGGAGAAUGUUGUGCCCAAGGGCUAUUUCCCAUCUGGCAAGAAGAAGGGCAGGCCCGUUGGAAGCGUGAAUAAGCAAAAACGGGCUCAGACCCAAGUCCCAGUGCAGGCCCAGGCUCAAAUCCAGCCACAGAGCACAGCUCUAAGUGUUCCUCCAGUUCCAACCACUCCACCCCCUCCAGCCCCAGCGCUUGCCUCCACCCCACCAGCAACACAAACUCCCAGCAGCAGCACAUCAACCCCUACCCUACCCACUCUGUCAGAAAACACAAACCCUCCCACAAUACCCCCCCCUGUUCUGACCCAAGUGGUGAAAGUUGACGUCGAGAGUGAGGACACGCAGCCAGAGAUUGAGGCGAAACAGGUGCGACGCAGACGCAGAGGUGUGAAAGUCGACAGUGAGGCGCUGGAGGCGAGGGGGCGGCAAAGGAGGAGGAGGAGAGCACCGGUACCUGCGGCACCACCCGUAUCUAAAGACGAGCCAGAUGCACCUUUGGGAGCAACUGUGAGUUUCAGCACAAACAGAGGUUGCCCAGAUCCAAAUAGAAAAGGCCUGUUUAUUCCUCACAUCCAUGUGGAGAAAAAAGUACCUGAGAUCGGAGCUGUGUGCACUAUUGUUAACGCCGAGGACGACAAAAUGAAAGGAGAGCGCAGUGCAGCGGGAGGAAAACCAGGAGGUGUUGGAAUUGAUUCGCUCCUGACCUCAGCGCUUUCCUCCCAGUUAUCUCGGAGAGACAGAGAGUUGGAAAAAAAGGAGACGGAUGAGGUGGAAACCACACUUCAGUCGGGCAAAGCACUUCCUUCAUCUGGCUAUGUCGUUACAGGGUCCGUGAUCACAGAGACCAAUCACUCCGGGCGCCUGCUAUGCUGCCUGUGCCAGAAAUGGGCAAACUACAAACAUCUUGGAGAUCUCUACGGGCCAUACUAUCCGGCUGAAUACGCUGCAAAACUCCCCAAGAACCAGCCCCAGAUCAGACAGUGUCAGCCCUCUACAGGCCCAAACAAAACCGGACCAAAUUUAGACACGAACGCUUUGAGUACACUUCAAGUCACACCAACACAGCUCGCUCAGUUCAACAGGCCCUCAUCUGAGAGCGACAAUUUCUGCUCAAAUCCAGCAGAGAGAACUGCCUUCCCAGACCCAACAGAGGAGAUGAUGAUGUUUAUGCCCGGAAAGCUCAGCAACAAAACACCUGUGACCUGGGAGAAAAGCCCCGAUCUGCGACCUAUCCCUGAGCUUAAAAGAGAGCCAGACCUCGAAGGCGACCAGCAGCAGCAACAGGCACAGAAGCUGCAGCCGCAGCAGCUGACAGACGACACUCAGCAGCGACCUCAGCACAGGAAGCUGACCUCACAUCCCCGCUUUAAAAGGCGACACAAGUCCAGCGAGGACUCCCCUCGGAUGGUUCCAUCCAACAGUAAGGCUUCCCUGCCUUUUCAGCCCCCUCCGCCUGCCUUGGACUCCCUGGGGCCCUUGGCACAACUCGCACAGCUGCCACAGAUGCCCAUGGACCCAGAGGAGCUGUGGGUGCAUGAAGGAUGUAUAGUGUGGACAAGUGGAGUGUACAUCGUCAAUGGGAGACUGUACGGCCUGCAGGAGGCACUAGAUGGAGCCAGAGAAACUAGCUGCUCGUUCUGCGAGAUGGUUGGCUCGACGCUGGGCUGCUACAGUAAAGGCUGCACUCUCCGCUACCACUACCUGUGUGCUAUUGAAGCAGACUGUUCUCUGAAUGAAGAUAACUUCUCGCUGAGGUGUCCGAAGCACAAGGUAAAGAAGGAGAGUUUACCCAGAGCAUCCGGCCAGCCAAGCCAGUGUAUGUGGAGCAGUCAGAGAGAGGCUGAGGGAAGCUGGGAGAAGGAAGAGCCGGAUUUGGGGAGCUGGUACCUUGGACAGUAGGCCUCGGUGUGGGGGGAGCUGUGAAGAGACCAGAGAGGGAUUCGUCGAGGAGAACGACUAAAGGGAAUGUACAAUUUCUCAAACUGAAUCAGCAUCACUUACAUGUACACGACAACGGAAGAAAACAAACCAUUUUUACCAGAAUCAUCGCUCUUUACUCACAGAGGAACUCAUCUGAGGAAAAAGAACAAAACACAACCGUUAAAAAAUACACGACAAACUACAGCGAUCGAAGCGGAACGAAAUGAGACGUGGAGACUGACGGAGGGAUUCCGCUGUAAAGAACAAAAAGAGACAAGCUUCUUCUCUAGGCUCGCUUUGAUUUUCCAGACGACCCAAAGUGUUAAAACUCUUGCUUAUCAUUUUCUGCAUCGUCAUUUACUCUUUUGUCUUCUUGUUUGCUUUGAAGAGAUGUAGCGGGAGCAAGUUGGGUGUCGAAACCCAAACAAACGGAAAAAAACAAAAACAAAGAUGAUCUGGGAGAGUUGGUGUCAUUUUACCUGUUUAGUGUUUUUAUGUUAUGGUAUUAGGAUGAUCGCAGUUAUUACUUUAAUCCUCAUUAUUUUGUAUUCUCGUCAGCAUUUACUUAUGACAAUGAAAUGGAUGUAUGCCGCUUUAUAUUCAAUCAACACCUGAGUUGGAAUUUUUUAUUUUUUUAUACUUUUCUGUUGCUUUUCCUGGAGAAGGAAAGAGCCGGAGCGUCUGAUGUCUGGAAUGUCAGGGUCGAGUUUGCCACAAAGACAUUAUUGCCUUGGAGAAUGGACAUCUGUUGCCUUUAAGAAAAAGAAAAAAACAACAACAAAAAAAUUACCCAAGUUGUGAAUGAGCGAGCGAUGAGUGUGCGCGUGCGAGGGUGGGUGGGUUGGGAGGGGAAAAUGCCGAGAUCUGGGUCUUUGAUUCCAUUUUUUUGGUCCUUUUUGAAAAGUGUUCUUAUUUUUCAUCACAGGGGUUUUUACGGUACAGAUAGUAUUCAUUAAAAAGAGAAAAAAAAAAAAAAAAAUCAGAUGGACAGUCUUAUUUUUCAAGAGCAGAACGUUCAUAAUGUGCAAAGAGAGAGAGAGAGACUUGUAAGAGGACGAGGCGACACUAUGGACUGAGGCUCGUUUGCCGAGGACACAUGAAGGACAAGCGGGGAGCUUUUCUCUCGCACGCUGGCGAAACGUUUGCGGCCGAGCCAAGGUUUCUGGACGCGCGUUGCCCCGUGGCCGGCCGUUUCUGUCCCGGCCAAAGUGACUCUGAACCAAGUACUUUCGAGAGAGGUUUCCCACUUCGGCGACGCAGCGGCGAAUGAAGCUGAAAGACGCAAAAUCCAUUGCCAUCAGAUUUCAAAGUGAGUCAUACAUGGUGUUGUCCUUAUUACUUUUUAUUGUUAUUCUUGUACAAAACAAACAAACGAGGAAAAAAAAAAGGUCAAACUGAAAGACAGUGACACUAUCAAAACCAUGCUGUAUUAGAAACCUGUCAAUAUGUAUAUGAAUUAUGAAUACACUUAAAAAUGCUUCAA